AUGCCUAAAAAUAAUCGAGAGAUCGAGGAUCAAGUCCUCAAAGCCCUGGCAUCACUUCAAGAUCAGUCAAAGCCCAAUUUCGCGAAAACUGCGCGAGAAUUCGCGGUUCCUGUGGAUCGGCUUCGUCGGCGCUGGAAAGGGCAAAAAUCCCUUUUCACUCGACAACCUAACGGUCGGAAGCUCAAUCCUGCACAAGAAUUAGCUCUCUGCGAGUAUAUCAAUUACUUUGAUACAGUCGGGUUAUCGAUAAACCGUGCGCAAAUCAGUAUUGCUGCCAAUUCAAUUCUUGAAGAAGCUCAUUCAGACAAGAACACAAAACCACCACAAAUCGGUGAACACUGGCUAGCACGAUUUCUUCAACGCCAUCCUGAACUCUACCGUCAGGCAAUCUCGGUUGAUGGUUUUACCUGUCCACCACUUAUAAUUCUGAGUGGAAGACAGGCAUUACUACGAUGGUUUGAAGGCUUACAUGGUGAUGAGCAUAUUGCUGUCACUGACACUGGCUAUAUGAAUGAUGUUUUAGCCUACCAGUGGAUCCAGCUCUUUCAUAAGUGGACAGAUGAAUUUCUCUAUGCAAUUACUCAAAUUCGUCAUAAGACCUUUCGUCCUCAAACAAGCAAGUAUGGGUUUAAAUUAACUGGCCUCUGGCCAAUUAAUUCAAACCUAAUUACAGAUGAAUUGUCUUUAUAUGACAAUGAUAAUGAUCGAUCUCGAGAUACUACACCACCAACAACAUCACAACAUAGCGACUUCAGCACCCCAAAAACAGCCAAAAAAGUGCGAAGGAUUAGUGAUUAUAUUGAUACUCAUAAUCCUACUUCUUCACACUACAAACAGGCCUUGGAAAAACUCAGAAAAAGUGCUGAAAUGACUGUGACCUUGGCAUCCGAAUUACAGCGCCAGUUUGAUACAACUCAAGCUGCUACAGCUGCACGCCUUGCUCGGCGGAAUGCCUCCCGACGCCAUGCAAGAAUCACUGGUAUUAUAUCUCCUAGUCAAGUCAAGGAAAUAAAGCGAAAGGAGUAUAAAUUAAGUGAGGAAGCUGAUCAAAAGCGGCAGAGACAGAGUACGGGCGAGCUCAAAAACGUCUGA